CGGAAGUGGAUCAGGAGCUCUCCCAGGCUGUUUGGGACGAAAGAUCCCACAGUUGAUGGCGGUCCAGCCAUUUCGGCCUAUUCUCGCUUCGCUCAGACUCUGACCAAAAUGGCAGGAUUGCAGGUCACUUGAAUGACACACGACACACGAUUGUUCCCCAAGUCUACUACAAGACCCAACAUCACCGUAUGAAGCAUGCAGGACAUGACACGACCCACAGCAUUUGUGCAGAAUUUGCUGUGAAAGGAGUAGACCUUCCAACCCAGCUUGCUUGCAUUUGCUUGCAUAGCUGUUUGCCGUUUCUUUGGCCCGAGUGAAGUGCACAUCAUUUGCAGGCUCGGCUCAAGUCGGGAUGGGGCCGCGUUGAGUUCGGCACAGAUGACCGUUCUGGUCCUGACAGGAGCAAUUGCAAGCGGAAAAUAGCUUUGAAAUUCCGCUUGAGAUGAGGGGCAGAAGAACACAUGGUACAGGGACGUCGAACACCGAGCGGCCGCUUUAGAUUCCCUCAGCUGAAAGCGAAAGGUGCAUUCUGGACGGGUGAUACGAAUAGCGGGAAGCGAAUGGGGGCCAUAACGAAAGGGGCCGGUGGCCUUGAGUGACCAGUAGAACUGUACCAACCUGCAAAGCAAUGAUGCAUUCUGAUCUCAUGUUGUUAAUAGCCACCAUCGACCGCGCAAUGCCGCGAGCGCUCACACUUGGUCAUUUGGUGUUAUCAGUGCGUGACACGAGGAUGCAGGGUCCGAUGACUUGUGUGGGAAAAAGGGUGGAAGCAAGGCAGACCAUGGAUGAUAGUUGCGGUUCGAAGGUGCGCCUUAUUGUUACCACACUUAGCUUCAGGAGAUUGGAAGUAAAGUAACGCGGGCAUGCGGCAUGAGCAUACUGGUAGUGCGUAUGCCCAUGUCCAAGCGUGGGAGCAUGUGGGAGCUUAAUUUUUUCAAUCGAUCGGUCAGCCUGCAGGAUGUUGUCUUGCGGGCCCACCAACCCAAAGUUGAAGGAGAGUAGCAGGCGCAUGUGCAAGGUGUUCAGUCUUCACUUAUAUAAUAUACUGCUAAGCAUGUUUUGUCCGGAAUGGCCAAGCCCGCGGCACCGUGGUCCAACACCUGGCUGCGAGAGACGAGAAAAAGGGCGGCCGUUCUCCCGGGGUUCCGCUGCAUUCGUAGUUAAGGCCAGGAGCCAGGAGCCCCUACUAGGCCCUAGUAGCGUCCUUGUUCCUAGCGUUCCGUUCGUAGCAAACAGGUUUCAUUUCAUUUCAUUGGCUGUUGAAGCGUCAGUGCUGAAGGUGGAAAGGCGCAGAUGAACAUGGUGUUCAGGAUGCUGUUUUGUGAAAAAGUCAGCGUGGGAGAUUCGACAUCAGCGGUAUGCAUUCUGCCAUGGAUGUGCCUUACUCUUUGCAAACCCGUUGCUCAAGCAUUUUCGUUUUUUCCACCUCGACAUUAGUUUUUCAUUGAGGGUAGCUCGUCAUGUUUGCCGCCAGUGGCAGGCGGUCUGUGCCAGAGCAUGUUGUUGGUCAUGCACCCGGCCAUCAGAACUACUGCAGCUAUGUCGUCCCAGCCACUCAAGCUAUGUCCUCUAGAUCCAUCGGUGGUGGCCCAGCACCAGCUCAAGUCACCGUUAGACGGGCUGUAUCGCCGAAGUGGGUGACCGUCACACCAGAAGGUGCUACUUCUCUUGGAGGAGUUAAGGGUCCUCUCCUCUCAGUGCGGCAACCCUGCAGGUCAGCCGACAGCCGCGGGAGACCCUCUGUCUCCCGAAGCGCUUCAGCUGAGCUACCUUCGGGUUGCAAGACUCCAGUGAUCCCAGGCACGCCUGCCAUUCAGACCAGGGAGGUGAAUUCGAAGCGUGCCCGUACGCCAGAUCCUGUGCAGGCAUUUCAGGAGGGACAGCAGGUUGUUGUUGCUGUCUCGCCUGUCGUUGCCAAGCGUACUAUAGGUGGCCAAAGCCCGCAGGCACCAACGAGGAUGAUCAAGAGUUCCGGUAGUUGUCCCGGCAUUUUGCCUGCUGUUGCAGAAGACGAACCCUACAAGGUGCGCCAUGGGGAUGUAGACCUGAAUCGCUUGCAGUGGCUUGAAAACGAACUGGAGAUGUUCAAAGGCAAGAUGUUGGAGAUGAGGAGUGCCGCAGACACAUUGAGCAAAGAGGUUCGUGUUUCGUGCCGAAGCCCUGCUCCCAGAGGUGGCGACUCUCUCAGCACCACUGACACCUCAACACCUGAAGAGAAGGUCCUUGAAUCUAUAAAGCACGUCCUGCGAGAGGAGGAGUGUGACAGGUCUCAGAAGGGACAGAAAGAACUGAUGGAGGAAGUUCGCCAACUUCGUCAAGCGUUGAGGUUGGAAAGUGAGGCUCGCACGCAGCUGAGUUCGAAAAUGGAGGUAGUGCUUACGGAGAAAAGAGCCAACGAGUCGAUCCGGUCACAGUUGGCUUCAGUUGAGAAGGAACAACCAGAUGUGAGAGGUGAAGGCAUGGCAGCGAAGCAGGCCCAAAAAGCAGUGAAGGAAUUUGUGCAGCUGCGAGAGCGUUUCCACCAAGAGAUGACAGAGCAAAAGGCAGAGAUUGGCAACGCCAUUGGAGAUUUGUCCAGGUUGAUUGAUCGGGCCCGCUGCUGUGGACUGAGUGGAGAAAUGGAACCUUCCAGUGAGUUGAAGGAGUCAGAGAGGCAGUCCAUUGCUGCCCGCUGCAGCCAACUUGAAGUGGCCCUUAAGGAGGAGGUCGCUUCUCGAAAGAAGGACACCGAGAAGCUGCACAAGCUUCUGGAGGAGCACCAGCAGUGCCAAAUGGAAGCCUUUCAACGCUUUGAGCGUGGCUUUACGUCCCAGCUGCAAGCUGCGAUAUCAGAGGCGAGAGAGGCAAAACUGAAGUGUGCGGAAGAAGCGCAGCUUUGGCAACGGCACCUUGCAGAGGAGACGAAGGACAGAGAGGAUACGGCAAUGAAGAUCCUGAAAGCUGUAGAAGACCGAAUGGCCAGUGACCUGAAGCACUGGAAGCAGCUGUUCGCCGAUCAGCAAGCGAAGAUCGAAGAAGCGGCUCAUGGCCAUGAUCUGGGACUCGCCAAAUUUGUCGAGAAGUACACCAAGGAUUUGUCUGAGUUGCGUGAGGAGAUUAAAGAGGUCUGCUGGAAUCUGUCGCAGCCUGCUGAAGGUAUGACAUCCGUGGAGAUUGAGGAGCUCCGCACCCUAAUGGCAACAGAACGGGUGGCGCGUGAGCAAGAUGUUGAUCGCUGCAUGGGCAGCAUCCAAGACUUGUUCGAGGAGCAGAAAAGACGUGGUCAUGAAAUUCAAGCUUUGGAGCAACGUUUGAAGGAGAGUGAGGUUGCUCUCAAAUCAUCUCCGACUUCCUCCACAGUCAGCAGCAGAGGCUCCCUGGAUCGAUAUAGCCGGUCGCCGCACCACCGCACCGCAUCGCGCCCCUGCACAUCCCCAGGUUCUGGUUUUGAACCAGCGACUGCCGGUCAUGAUCCUCCACAGACGCAUUCUGCAUCUUGAUACGAAGAUGACCUGUUCUAAGCAGGUCAGUGGCUUGAUUUGCGUCAAGUUCUCGUGGAAGCGAACAGGACAGCGGGUUCCUUCAAUUCGCCAAAGCAAUGUCACAACCAUUUGGUCAGCCAUCAUGUGGCAGAUUCUUUUAUUAUCUUAGAUUCAUUGGACUUACAGGUGAUCAGGUAGUUGAAAGAACCACACAGUAAGAACCAGUACCUGUUGCACGCCUGCCACAUGACGGGAGGCCAGAUUUUUCGAACGGCAGUCAUUCUUUAUGACUCGCCAUUGUCAGGUGCUCUGCCGACAAGCAGUUGCCAUUGACUUGUUUAUCAAUCUGCCUUCAUCGCAAACUUGUCAACUUUGUCCAGCCUGGGACAGUUUCACCUGGUUUUGGCAGCUCUUGACUGCCGGCUUGCCGGGCGGCCUGCCGAUUGUCUUGAAAGAAACACUGGACGUAUUCUCAUAGUUCUUCACUCACAGCAAUGGCUCACAGCUCUAGAAC